CGUUCAGUUCAAUCAGUCAGUCGCGCAUAGACAACUCUGAGUGCAAGUACUUUUCAGUCAGCACCAUUUUGUGUUAUCGUUUCGAACGGGACAUUGCGUGUAUGUGCUCCGUGAAUAAUCACAAACCACGAUUCAAGUGUCGAGUCGAGUUCAGUGUUUCACUUUCGACAUGCUGUCGGAGGGAUAGCUCGGAUUAACUCGGACAGUCAUCGUAGAAACCGCGCCUCCGUCAUGAGCGAGUGAUCGUCGAACGACGUAAAAAAAGUUAACACAGGAAACAUGUCUCGGCGGACGGCCGACGCGGAUGCGAGCGAAGGGUUCGAAAUUCGAAAGCGGUCAUGUCAUCGCCUCUCGGAUUUCGUAUAAGUCACCGUCCAAUGUCAAAAUCGUGCACGUACCGCGAGCGCCGAAACGGGAGCCGCGUACCCUCCGGAUCGAGCGGAAAAUGCAAUCGUUGGUAGUGUGGUGGGCGGUGGUGUCGGCGGCCUGGGCGCUGGCGGGCGCCUGCUCCAGCUCCAUCUCCAAGCGGCCGGCGCGGCCCGCGCGGCCCGGCGCGCGCCCGCCGCCGCAGCCGCAGCCGCAGCCGCGCCUCAACAUCACCUUCCCCACUUUUGAGUGCGAGCCGGACUACUCGGAGUACUACUGCCUGAACGGCGGCGUGUGCUUCACCGUGGUGAUCUCGGACAGCCCCAUCUACAACUGCGAGUGCCGGCCCGGCUUCGUGGGCCCGCGCUGCGAGUUCAAGGACCUGGACCACUCGUACGCGCUGACCAGCCGCCACCUCAUGAUGGAGACGGCGUCCAUCGCGGGCGGCGCCACGGUGGCCGUGUUCCUCGCCAUUCUAGUCUGCUUCGGCGCGUGGGUGCGGCUGCAGCGGCGGGGCAAGGCGGCGGACGACGCGCCGGCGACGCCCGUGCAGCUGGUGGCGCUCAGCGGCGCCGCGCCCGCGCCGCCCGCCGCGCCCUGCUAGCCGCCAACAGACUGUCUCUGCUGUACAUAUAGAUAGAUUAUGUGUUAAGUUAUGUGGAGCGAGCUGAAGAUAUAAGAAAAAUUUAUGUGAUAAUUAUUUUAUGAAGCUUAUAAUUUAUUUCGAAGGAAUUCGUUUUGUAUAUACUGAUCCUCUAUAGAUUUCUAGUGGUGAAUCAAUCGACUGGCCGGUCGAUCCAAAUCUGAAAGUUGUACUCGUCCCAGUGUUUUGUUUGUGAAUAUAUCUGUAAUAUUUUGUUCAUAUUGGUGUAGUCUGUGUGUGGAACGACGACCUGUACCCGGUGGCUACUUGCUGUGUUGUCUGUUAUGUUGUGGAGGCGGCCGAGGAUGUGUGAGUGAGGGCCGAGGGCUGCAGCAGCGGCCUCGGAGCCGUGUUAUUGUUUGUUUAUGAAGCCCAUGUUAAGAGAAGCCUCAGCCUCCGUCUAAGUCCUUGUAACUCAUUGCCACCCUGCAUUUGUUAAGUAAAUGUGAAUCAAUGUUAAUUGUAUUUAUUAGGAUUCCUUUCUAUUUCAAUAGAAUUGUGAUGAAUUUGUAUAUCUGUGUAUGUUUGUAGUGCGAGUAGCCCCUGGUUGGUCCCGAGCUGUGCCUUGAGCCAGCUCACAACCUGCACAUUCCAUCUGUGGAAAGUUUUUUUACUGAUUUCAGUAUUAUUUUGUAACACAAAUGUUAAGCCGGCAGCUUUACUUUAUUUUUUAAUUUAUACCUGUUAUCCCAGUGGGGUAUAGUGCUGUAUUAUAUUUGGUUAAAGGCUGAUAGGAUGUGCCCUUGAUUGAGAAGGCUUUUUGUAAAUAUAGCCCGUGUAGGUAUUUAUUAGAUAUUUAUGAUCGUUUAUUUAUUGACUGCUUUAUUUAGUUAAUCUGGAUGAUCAGCCGUCCGAGUUGCUUCACUAAAAUCAGGUUAACGAUUGCAUUCUCUCAGCUGCAAGCAUGGCCUCGUGUCCACCUGUACCGCUCAUGUACCACCCUGUACCACUCAUGUACCACCCUUGUACCACUCAUGUAAUCUCACUGUGAAUCUCCAUUACUUCAUGUUACAAAAAUAUUGAAAUGUAACAUUGGAUGGUGUAAAAAUGUCCCUAAGAGCCUCCACAUUCCAAUCUUUCAUCUUUUGCUUGUUUAUUUAUUUUAAGCUCUCGCCCAUUUGCUGUUUGUCUAAAGUCUAAUCUCUCUACGUACGUCUUCUAGAAUGUGGGGGCUCCCGGGGGACACAAAAAAAUAGAAAAUUAGUUAAUACCCGUGCCCGUGACGUCACAGUUUAGUUCGAAGGGGCCAGGCCUGGUGGUGGUUUUAUCCCAGAACCAGUGGCGGUUUGAUCGGUUGACUGAGAGCAGGCCUGCCCCCUCCCCCCGUCUGAGGCUCCAGCUCCAGUCUUGUGCCGUGACUCGUGGUGUCCAUGUUGUAUAUUGAUGCAUAUGAGAUUGUUUAUAUGAACAUUCCAAAGUAUUUGUAAAAUAUUACCUACAUCGCUAAUAAUUUUGAAGUAUCUGUUAAGACGCUACAUUGUUAAUUAUACAGUUUUCUAUUGAUCAUUUGUUAAAAGAAAAUUAUACGAAACUAAAUCCUUA